AUGGUGACCACCAGGAGCAGAGACGGAAACAAUACAGACCCCACGGAGCAAAUGAGGCGACUUCAGGACCAGUUGGAACGACAGAAUCAACUCAUACUACAACAACAAGAGGCCUAUUUAAAGAUCACAGAGGAACUUAAACAACUCAAGGAGAAACAGCGAGACACAACAGAUGACCACAGCCGGAAUGAUGAUGAAGACCAUACGGCACAGAACAGGGGACCUCCUCGCUCACCGGACUUGCUACCCUUCACGGAGGCUAUCAUGCAGGCUCCUAUGCCCAACCGGCCUCCUCCGCAAAUAGAAAAAUUCGACGGAACAACCGACCCAGAACAUCACCUCCGAAGCUUCCUGGAUUCAAUGGCCUUUUAUUCCAGUGCCGAUCCGGUCAAAUGCCGAGCGUUUUCCCUAUCCCUGAAGGGAGAAGCUCUUGAAUGGUACUAUGCUCUCCCUCCUAACUCCAUUGAUAGUUUCCGUACGUUUGCCGGGCUGUUGAAGAGGCAAUACGUAUCUAACCGAAAAGAGGCGACUACAGCGGCCGAACUCGUCAAUCUCAGACAGGAGAAAGACGAGCCACUUAGAAAAUUCAUGCACCGUUACACUGAAGUAGCAAGAAGAGUAAAGGGGGUAAGUCAUGAGUUCAUCAUCACUAAUUUACCUAACUGCCUGAAACCGGGUUAUGUCUCAGAAUCACUGUACGCCAAGUUGCCUAAAACCAUGGAGGAGCUGCAAGAAAAAAUGAACAAAUUCAUUAUGAUGGAGGACCAGCGGCAUUUUCGCCGGAAAACGGACGCUGCCUCAGCCGAGACAAAACAUGAGAGGGGACGGUCACGGGAUAAAAACCGUAACCACAGGCCGCCGCAAAAACACGCCCCUGCUCCUUAUAAUCCUCAGUACAACCGGUAUGCCCCUCUAACAGCCUCUAGGGAGAAGGUGUUUGAAAAAGCCCUACAGGCCAACCUAAUUUCCGCUGCAAGACGAGGAACUCCGGAUGCCGCAGACGGAGCUAAAGUUUGUAGAUAUCAUGGCAACCAGGGGCACACUACAGAAGAAUGCCGGGCCCUCAAAGACAGAAUUGAAAAGUUGAUUCGUGAAGGACAUUUACAAGAAUUUGUCCAAACAGACGCACGCCAACGAGACCGGUCGCCGAGGGGAGCUAGAAGAAGUCCCGAGCAUACCAGAAGAAAUACCGAGCGUUCCCGGGAUCAGCACCGUGAACGCUCUCGCAGUAGACCUCAGAAGCGCGACCCCACUCCGCGGGGACGGAUCGACACUAUAUCGGGUGGUUUUGCGGGAGGAGGGGCCUCAUCCUCAGCUCGCAAAAGACACGUAAGAAGUUUACGAAGCGUUCACAACAUCGUCCGCAACCCUCUAUCGAUGCCAGACAUCACCUUCACAGACGAAGAUUUUCAUGCUCCAGAUCCCGACCAAGAUGAUCCAAUGGUGAUAACCGCCCGUAUAGCCGAGUACGAUGUGAGUAAAGUUCUGAUCGAUCAAGGCAGUUCCGUCAAUAUCCUAUAUUGGACCACUUUCCAAAAGAUGGGACUGUCAGAAGAUAUAAUAGCACCAUUCGGAGAGCAAAUUGUCGGUUUUGCGGGCGAACGAGUGGAUACUCGAGGCUACGUAGAUCUCAGAACCCGGCUGGGAACUGGCGACAGGGCCAAGGAACUCCGUACGCGGUUUCUGUUGGUGGAAGCCCACACCUCCUAUAACGCCCUCCUAGGACGGCCGUGUCUCAAUGCCUUCGGUGCCAUAGUUUCCACCCCUCACCUGGCGAUGAAGUUUCCUUCCGAAGAAGGAAAGAUAUGUACCGUACGGGCAGAUCAGAAAAUCGCCCGACAGUGUUAUGUGGCUUCUCUGAAAGACAAGACAUAUCGUAGAGAAAAACGAUCGGAGGCAAUAUUGGUCGAUUUGGAUCCCAGGACCAACACUGAUGAUCGCAUUCAACCCCAGGGGGAAACCAAAUAG